UUUUUGACCUUGAGCUGCUUCCUUUACCGUAAAAAAAGGAAAAAAAGUGAGUGAUCAAUGGGGUUGGCCGCGUGAAGGUCAAGGCUGGCUUCUCUGCGUGAGCGUCAUCGGAGAUUUGUCGUGUUUCAGCGCCGCCUCCUCCUCCUCCUCCUCCUCGGCGGUGACACUCCUGGGCAGCGGGCGGUAUUGGCGAUGUCACCAAGAUAACACCUCAGUCCUGGACCUCUCAAGUAUUGAUUUAUACGCACAGGCCAACGAACGCGCAAGCACUACCAAACCCUAACUUGACCAACCUAAUUAAGUUCCUCCCCUAACUCUUUUAAUGAAGCCUUGAAGGAAAAUCACGAGGCCAAGGAAGAAUUUGUCAUAGCCUGGAGAUGAAAACAAGAUUAUCCCAUUAAUUUGCCUCCGUAAGAAAAUAAGAAGGAAGGGGGAUAAUUUUCUUUAAUCAUGCUCUCCAUUGCAUGAGACAGGUACGGCAGGAGGGGCAGGAGGGCCGCCGUGUGGGCUGCGCGGACUGGCACUUGACGAGACGCGGGGAACAGGUUCGCGGGUCAGUCUGGGUCAGGCCGCGACACGAGACACAGGCACGCCGCCGCCACCACCCAGCCGUCGCUUACUCCGGCAGGCGUCCAUCCUCACCGAUAGUCAGUCAUCGCACCCCAGCAUCCGCCCCGUCGCUCGUCAUCCCUCUCCCCGCCUGUACUUCAUCCCUCCGGCAGCCUUUAGAUAACGCGGCGCCAGUCAGUCCAUCGGGACCCACUAGAAAACAAUCACCAAAGUACUCUUUUCCAUUUGCUAAUCCCAAGAGGCUUCGUGAUUCAUUGCCUUGCUGAAAACGUCGGUCUCUCGACUAUUAACCUUUUUUUAUCAAUUGCCGCGAGUGAAGCGUGAUACACGCAAAGGAUUUAACUCUGUUUCAAUAGUUGGGAACGAUUACCCUUAAUAAGCCUCAGGACGUUAUGUAGAUGUUUAGAAAUUGGCUUUUAUUGAGGCGGGAGUUUGCCGAUAGAGGUUUUGGUGGUCGCCGUGCAUCGUCGAGCAACGGAAGUGUCGGCCCAGGAGUGCGGCGGAGUGUAGUGCAUCGGCAAACAGUUUGGCGCGAGGAGGAGAGGGAGAACGCACUUGAGGGAGCUUGCAACGUACCGAGUGUCUUUACAAGGCUGAUUAUUGAUACUUGUGAUGGCUUAUGGCUCCCUGAGGGCCACGUGUGAGGCAUGAGUGUGCGUGUGGCCGGCCGAGGGGGAGACUUGGCCGCGGGGAGACGCCUCCGGCAGGUUCGCCUCACUGAAGUGGCCUCCCGCAGGAAUGGUGUGUGUCUGCGGGAGUGAGGUCACGGUGGAUGGGCGGGAGCUCCCCUGACGUGAGGACGGUACCCGGGGCCAGCGCGGCGCGGCGGCUGGGGUAGCUGCCCCGCCCGCCGCCCUGCCCAUCAUGAACUCCUAUAAUUUCACUCUCGAGAUCCUAAACACUUCCUGGAUCUUCGACGAUUAUGAGUUCGAUUUUUCCCCCAAGCGGCCCCCCGUGGUGGUGGACGUCCCUGUGAAUGCCAGCGGCGGCCUCAAUGUUACGCCGACGGUCGGGGGGGACGUCGGCGAUGUGGUGCCGGAGGUCGCGGCCCGAGACUGGAUGGUGGAGGUGGUGGUGAAGUCGGUGAUCCUGGCCAUGAUCGUCGUGCUGACCAUCGGCGGCAACGUGCUGGUGCUGCUGGCCGUGUUCAUGUCUCGCAACCUCCGCUCCUCCACGCACUACCUGAUCGUCAACCUGGCCGUGGCGGACCUGCUCCUCGGCACCACCGUCCUGCCCUUCAGCGCCACGCUCGAGGUCUCGGGAAAAUGGUACUUCGGCCAGGUGUUCUGCGAGGUGUGGGCGACCGCUGACGUCCUCUGCUGCACGGCCUCCAUCUGGUCGUUGUGCGUCAUCUCGCUGGAUCGUUACAUCGGCGUGACGCGGCCGCUGGCGUACUCCAGCAUCAUGACGGAGCGGCGGAUGUGCGUGCUGAUUGCCGUGGUGUGGGCGCUGUCCAUCGUCAUCUCCAUCGGCCCCGCGUUUGGGUGGAAGACGCCGCCGGAUCCUGACCCCACCGUGUGCACCGUCAACCAGGAACUUGGCUACGUGCUCUUCUCCGUGACGGGCUCCUUCUACCUGCCCAGCCUGUGCAUCCUGAUCCUGUACUGGCGCAUCUACCGGGCCGCGAUACAGCAGUCCAAGUUCCUGGAGAGCGGUAUCAAGACCACCAAGACCUCCGUCACGCUGAGGGUCCACCGGGGGGGCGACACGCGGCUCACUUUGCGGGCCCACCGUGGCGGCAUGGGCCUGGGCAUCGCGGCGGGCAUGGCGGCGGGUCUGGCCACAGGGGUCGGGGGCAUAAACGGACACUGCCUCGUGAACGGAGAAAUGAAGCCCCCGGAGAGCGAAGACAAGCCGAAAGUGAGUGAAGGGAAGAGCAUGUCCAGGCUAGUGCCGCCCAACCCCAACCUGCGACUCGCCAUGACGCCCUUCACGUGGCAGGACAGACGCCGCAGCGCACGGGGCCAGCAGGAGCGGCACAGCGGGGAGGCGACGUCAUCCAACCAAGACCCUUCACCCUCUGCCUCGCCCGAGCGUCGCCUCACGGGACCCACGGGCGGGAAGAUGGCCAAGUUCCGGCGCCAGAAGAAAGCGGCCAAGACUCUGGGCAUCGUGGUGGGCGUGUUUCUCCUGUGCUGGUUCCCGUUCUUCUUCAUCCUUCCUCUGGAUUCGUUGUGUGGCAGCUGCAGGAUCCCGGAGACGCUGUUCGCCAUCUUCUUCUGGCUCGGCUACUUCAACUCCUGCCUCAACCCCUUCAUCUACGCCUGCACGUCGAGGGAGUUCAAGCGAGCCUUCAAGAGGAUACUCUGUCGCGGGCGGGGACGAGGACGCCGUUCCCUCAAUCACACAACCUUCCAUUCCGCCAUCUGGAGAAGGGACGGAGGACUCAGCCCGAAUCCUGCCAGCCGGGGUAUCGAGGGCCUUCUAGCGACCACCAUGCCCCUAGCUGACCCUUGUGGUGCCGUCUGGAAGGCCCCUAAAGCACUAGAAGACCCGGGCUGUGAAUGUGUGUCUGUGGCGUCCAUUGUGAACUGACCAGUGACAACCUCGGAAACGUAAUGCCAAGACGUGACUGUUGACCCUUGUGGCGCUGUCUGGAAGGCCCCUAAAGCACUAGAAGACCCGGGCUGUGAAUGAGUGUCCGUGGUGUCCAUUGUGAACUGAC